AUGGAAGUUGAAGCUAGACUAAUUCAGACUAGAGAUGAGACACAAAUUUUGAACAGUGAGGAGCCCCUGGCUGCCCAGGCACUUGUACAGGCUCUCGGGGAUGGGCGCUGCUUGGGUGCCGUCCCCACCACCUUCUGCAGGAUGCUGGCUAAUGGCUAUGCCAAGAAAGCAACGGUGAAGGCCAAAGGGAAACGAUUCAGUAAGGAGGAGAUGAGAGGGCUGGAUAUGUGCAAGGACCCCAAGCUGCUCACCAUGCACACCAUGGGAGUGAACUUCCACAGACAGGGCCCAGAGGUGGCUCUGAAGGACGGCUCCGAGUAUCCCGACUGGCUUUUCCAGAUGCAUCUCAGCCCCCCCAAGAAACUGGAGAAGCUGGACUCUGAGACACCCCAGUACUGGAGGCUCCUGCGGAAGCACAACACCUCGUGCCACAACAAACUGAGCAAGAGCAAGGAGUUUUAG